AUGGCCGUCAUGGUCAACGGUACCAACACGCCCAAGCUGUUCGCCAUGGCCGACAACGCCUUCGACGCGACCCUGCCCGCUCUGCCGUCUCAUACCCUCCAGCCCAGGGACGACAUGUUUCCCUGGAUCUCGGACGUCGCGCUGUCCCUCAUCCUACCCGUCGUCGUCUACUGGAUCUUUUCGCUCUUCUUCCACCUCAUUGACGUUCUCGACCUCUUCCCCCAGUAUCGACUCCAUACCCCCGACGAGAUCCUCAAACGAAACCACGCCUCUCGGUUAGAGGUUGCCCGGGACGUCGUCUUGCAACAAAUCCUCCAGAUGGCUACAGGUGCCUUGUUCACCCUGUCCGAACCUCCCGAAAUGGUUGGAAAAGCCGAGCACGACGUGGCUGUGUGGGCGACAAGGCUUCGUCUUGCGCAACGAGCACUCCCAGGUUUGCUGAACUUGGUCGGCCUCAACGCCGCGGUUAUUUCGGAAAACUUGUCGACGUCACACCCCUUGCUAGCCGGUGCUUUUGCUGGAGGCUACUACCCGUCUCUCUCCGGUACCGAGUCUGCAGGGCCGUCCUUUGCUCCCUGGGAGCUGACAAUUGCCAAGACAAUCUACCACUUUCUUGUUCCCAGCCUUCAGUUUUUCGCCGCCGCCUUCUUCCUUGAUUCAUGGCAGUAUUUCCUGCAUCGCAUGAUGCAUAUGAACCGAUGGCUGUACACUACUUUUCACUCGCGCCAUCACCGGCUCUACGUGCCGUACGCUUACGGUUCUUUGUUCAACCACCCGUUGGAAGGCUUUGUGCUAGAUACGCUCGGCGCCAGCAUUGCGUUCAAGUUGACUGGCAUGACAGUACGACAAGGCACCUGCUUCUUCACCUUUUCGACUAUCAAGACGGUAGACGAUCACUGCGGUUACGCCUUCCCACUCGAUCCUCUGCAGCUCAUUACUUCCAACAAUGCCGCAUACCACGACAUCCACCACCAACAUUGGGGCAUCAAAUCCAACUUCUCCCAGCCAUUUUUCACCUUUUGGGAUUCUAUUUUAGGCACAAUGUACAAGGGCCCCAGGGCCGACAGACUCGCUGAUAAGAAACGCACGAUGAAGAAGAAGACCUAG